AUGUUAGAGCGUGACUCGGACGGUGAAGUCGUGAACUCGAGCCACAGCUCAAUGAGCAGCGAGAGCUGUAGCAGCUUCAGCCGCCUCUCCUUCGACGCUGCCGCCACCACCACCGCCGCCGACUUCGCAACCGAAACCUUGUGCCUCAAGCCCCACCGCUCCUCCGACUUCGCCUACUCAGCCAUUCGCUCCAAGAAAACCGCCCCCACUUUCCGCGACUUCCGCCUCCUCCGCCGCAUCGGCGCCGGCGACAUCGGUACCGUCUACCUCUGCACCCUCAGAGGCACCGGUUCUAGUCCUGCCGAUCAGGAUAGCGAGUCUUCUUCGUCUUCCUCGUGCUUUUACGCCAUGAAAGUCGUCGACAAGGAGGCUCUGGCGCUGAAGAAGAAGGUCCACAGAGCCGAGAUGGAGAGAAAAAUACUCAAGAUGCUCGACCACCCGUUCUUGCCUACGCUCUACGCCGAGUUCGAAGCCUCGCAUUUCUCUUGCAUCGUCAUGGAGUACUGUUCCGGCGGCGACUUGCACUCUCUCCGCCAUAAGCAGCCUAACAAGCGCUUCUCUCCCACCUCGGCUAGGUUUUAUGCUGCGGAGGUUCUGGUGGCCUUGGAAUACCUCCACAUGUUGGGAAUCAUCUACAGGGACCUAAAACCCGAGAACGUGCUGGUCAGAUCGGACGGUCACAUCAUGCUCUCCGACUUUGACCUCUCCCUCUGCUCAGACGCAAUCCCAGCCGUUGAAUCUCCCGACUCCUACUCUGACUCGAGGUCCCUAUCUACUCCAUCCUACACCCGCCCGCAGCAAACCAGAGCACUCACCCCAUUCUCCUGCCUCUCGACCCGGCUGUUCCGCUCGCGCAAAGUCCAGACCCUCUCCCCGAACCGGCUUUUCGUCGCCGAACCGGUCGCCGCCAGGUCACGUUCCUUCGUCGGUACCCACGAGUACGUGUCACCGGAAGUCGCCUCCGGCAGUUCCCACGGAAACGCCGUUGACUGGUGGGCUUUCGGGAUCUUCCUCUACGAGUUGAUCUACGGCCGCACGCCGUUCGCGGCUCCAUCGAACGAGAACACCCUGCGCAACAUCGUGAAAAAGCCCCUUGCGUUCCCGACCCCCACGCCCUCGAGCGCGCUCGAAGGCCACGCGCGUGACCUCAUUUCCGGGUUCCUCAACAAGGACCCGGAGCGCCGGCUCGGGUCGAAGCGCGGAGCGGCUGACGUCAAGAAGCAUCCGUUCUUUAAGGGCAUCAACUUGGCGUUGGUACGGUCCCUCACGCCGCCGAUGAUCCCGGGCCUAAUACGAAGGCAAAACACGACGCCGUCUUACCAGGCCAAGAAGACUGAUAAAAAUAGAAAUACGAGGCAAUCUACGGCGUUCGAGUACUUCUGA